AUGAAGAGGACUGCAAAUCGCACAAUAACUUCAUAUUUUGCUAAAAGAGCAAAUCUUGAAGUGACUAAUGAAUCAGAUGGAGCACCAUUAACAGCUGGAGCUGUGGCAACCACAACAGUGAACGAAGAAGAUAGCGCUCACGUCAGGACUACCGACAACGAUACAGUGUCAAGCUCUCUAAUCCCGUCAACAUCUGCUGCUGUUACUCCGUUGACUCCUUCAGUAUGUGUUGUUCAGCCGCCGCAAGUGGGAGUUCGUCCAGUUGAUCUAGACUCUGCAGUGAGUGAUCUUGGAACUUUGGUGGAUGGGCCCUCGCAGCCAAACCUUGGAUCCUAUCCGAGAGGCCAGAAGAAUCGUUGUUUUCGAGCAACCUGGUAUACAAGUUAUCCGUGGCUUGAAUACAGCAUUGCAAAAGACAAGCAUUUUGUUUUGCGUAGGAACUUUAGCACAUCGACGUCAAAGAGCGACACAGCAUUCACUAAAGUUGGUUUUUCUACCUGGUCAAAGGCGAUGGAAAAAAUUCGCGGAUUUAAAGCCCAUGACGCAUGCUCUGAUCACCUCCUUUCCAUGACUCGCUGGGAAAGUUACAACAUCCAGAAAAAUAAUCCAGGAGCUAGUAUUGGAAAUAUGUUAGAUCCUGGAAGACCGUCUUUAGUGGAAAACAAUCGAGAAUACACGAAGACGCUGUUGGAGUAUCAUCGGUACUUUUGUUCUGAAGAGAUGGCGUAUAGAGGGCACGAUGAAACUGACAAGUCGCUCAAUGCAGGAAAGUGGAAUGAAUUCAUCAAUGAGGGUGAUUCAAACAUACAAAGCAUACGACUACACAUCAAAGCGAUCUUCGCUCGAGUUAAUAAGAGCCAUGGCUUCCGAGGUUCGACAUCUGAUAGAGGAACAGAUAGACAGAGCGGGAUGUAUUCAAUGCUCAUCGAUGAAUGCAAAGAUAAUGCGGGGCAUGAAGAGCUGUCGACUUGUUUUAGGUUUGUAAACGACGAAGGACAAAUCGAAGAACGAUUUUAUGAUCUCGCUAGACUUAAAGAGACUGAUGCCCAGACCAUUGUGAAUGAAGGGGUUUUGGCAACAAUUGAAAAACUGAGCUCGUCCACCACUCUUCUGGCGCUUGGAGCAGAUGGCGCAUCUGUUAUGAGCGGAUGUUACGAAGGCGUAGCUGCUAAACUGAGGAGAUAUUAUCCUUGGUUGCUUUAUAUCCACUGUGCUGCGCACCGUCUGAAUUUGAUUGUUGCGGCUUAUUUUCGUACAGUUAAUGAAGCAUGUAAUGUAAUAAAUGUCUACAAGGCUUUACACACCAUUUUCAACGUCGCCAGCAACAGAGAAAUAUUCGAAGCUGUUCAAAAGGAGUUUUAUCCAAAACAGCCCAUAAUGGCAGCCUCCUCUCUUACAGAAGUUCGAUGGGCUUGUAAGUUUGAGGGUGUUAAUACAAUGGUUAAAAGACUCCGAGCGAUUCUUGUAAGCCUUCAGAAGAUCGGUGCUUCCAAUUCAAAACAAGCCGAUUCAGCAGCGGGUCUCUAUCACAAAAUUCUCUCGGGAAAAUUUGUUAUAUCCCUUUGCUUUCUUCAUCAGCUUUUGUCAAUAAUGCAUGGAUUAAGUAAGGCUAUGCAAGAGACCAAUGUCAAAUGGCUAAACGUAGCCAACGAAAUGGUGGCUGUAAGGAAGCUUCUUGUUGAGAUUGAAACCAAUGACAUCAUUGAAACCGCCAAAGAGCUAUGCUCGACUGUGAACAUUACCUUGGACUAUGAGGAUCCCGUGCAUGUUUCCAGACAAGAUUCCACAAGAUCUGCAUGCCCUCGUGAAUUCUGUAAUCGUCUCAAGGCAACUUCUGUUCCCACGCUUCUCGAGGAGUUGGAACGACGUUUCUCUGGUGCGAAUACUGAUAUACUGGGAGCUCUGGAGGCUUUAGAUGCAUCAAAAUCGACAUACCUGGAUUACACGACUGUCCAGUGUCGUUGCCAAAUUUGGAGAUUGUCUCCAUAUUGA